AUGGCUUUCUCAAACUUACAAAGCGAGGAAGUUGAGGGUAUUUUAUCGUCCUAUUUACAGAAAAAUGGUUUACCCGAUGUAGGAAUUUCAGCUACGCAACUUCAGUCUAUCUACCAUAAUCUAAGGCCUGGAAAUUCAAUAAGCUUGCAUCAAGUUGCGGCAGCCAUAGAAACGAUUUGUUUUUGCGACUUGUGCUUAAAAGAAGAGAUCAUUGACGUUCUAAAUGAAGUCGAUCGCCGCAGUUUUCUUAUGAACGAAUUAAAGUGGGAAUUUGAAAUGCUGGAUCGUGAAAACCAAGGGACUAUUACGGAAGAAGCAGCUUGUUUUUUGUUGAAAGCUGUCCACGGAAAAUCUGCUGAGAAAAAGUGUAGGGAAUUUCUAUCUAGUCGGGCUUUUCCUGGAACAAGGGUCUCUCUACAAGAAAUGGAAGUUUCCCUUUGCGACUGUUGUGACUUGGAAUUGUCAGAUGAGGAUGAAAAGGAUGCCAAGACCGGUUAA